GCUUGGAGAGGACACCUAGAGGACUGACAGCGGAGCGCUCGUGACUCUUGCGCAUUGUCUAAACCUAAGGAAUAUUAAAUGCAGGCUUUUUACACAAGAGAGAGAGUGUGGAAAACAACCCGAGGAAACAAACUACUUUGCCAGCACAUUUUUUAUUUCAACCCCACUUCAACUUCAGUGUGGAUAGUUGUGUGAGAGAUUUCCUCCGGGUUCCAGGUAAAGUGUCAACAUGGAGACGUCAGGGUGGAAGAGGACGAUUCUCCUGUGCGCUAUCCUCGCGAGCCAAACGACAAUGACACAGACAAAGACGGUGAAGUAUCAGACGUUUGAAGAGGACGCGCCGGGGACGGUGAUCGGAAACUUGGCCAAGGACAUCUCCUCCGCCUCCUCGGCUUCCCCGCAUGCCUCCUCGUCGGGCUCCAAGACCAAUUUCCGAAUGAUGAAACAGUUCAACUCCUCGUUCAUCCGCCUGCGGGAGAGCGACGGUCAGCUGGCCAUCGGCGAGAGGAUCGACCGCGAGAGGAUCUGCAAACACACCCUGCGGUGCGCGAUUGCCUUUGACGUGGUGAGCUUCUCCAAGGAGCAAUUCAAACUCGUGCACGUCGAGGUGGAGGUCAAGGACAUCAACGACAACUCCCCCGAGUUCCCCCGGAAAGAGUCGAGCCUGGACGUCUCGGAGAACACGGCGGUGGGCACGCGGAUCCCGCUGGACUUUGCCGUGGACGAGGACGUGGGGGUGAACUACAUCCAGAGCUACCAGAUCUCCGUCAACAGCCACUUCUCCAUCGACGUGCUCAGCAGAGCCGACGGGGUUAAAUAUGCGGAGCUCGUGCUCAUGAAGGAGUUGGACCGCGAGACUCAGUCUACUUUCGCGUUGGACCUGGUCGCUAUGGACGGUGGCAACCCGUCCCGCUCGGGCACCACGCGCAUACACGUCAAGGUGAAAGACUACAACGACAACAGUCCCGUGUUUGACCGGAGCAGCUUCUCCGUGGACCUGCCCGAGGACGCCCCCGUGGGCUUCCUGCUCCUUGACCUGAACGCGGAGGACCCGGACGAGGGACUGAACGGAGAGGUGGUGUACGGGUUCGGCCACCAGGUGCCGGCCGAGAUAAGACAACUUUUCAGAGUGGACCGGAAGACCGGCCGCCUCACGCUCGAGAGCCCCAUCGACUUCGAAAGUAAGAACACGUACGAGUUCGACGUGCAGGCGAGCGACCUGGGUCCGAACCCCAGCCCGGCCAUAUGUAAGAUCGUAGUGCAGGUGCAGGACGUGAACGACAACGCUCCAGAGAUCUCCAUUACCCCCAUGACCUCCAUCACAGCAGGCAUCGCGUACAUAACGGAGGCGGCGGCGCGUGAGAGUUUCGUGGCGCUGGUCAGCACCUCGGACAGGGACUCGGGCGCCAACGGCCAGGUGCACUGCACCCUGUACGGCCACGACCACUUCCGGCUCCAGCAGGCGUACGAGGACAGCUUCAUGAUCGUGAGCACGAACCCGCUGGACCGAGAGAAGAUCCCCGAGUACAACUUGACGGUGGUGGCGGAGGACCUGGGCUCCCCGCCGUUCAGGACCAUUACGCAGUACACCAUCCGGCUUUCAGACGAGAACGACAACGCGCCCGCAUUCAGCAAGCCCGUGUACGAGGUGGCCGUGGUGGAGAACAACGCGCCUGGCGCCUACAUCAGCACGGUGGUUGCGCGGGACCUGGACCUUGGGCAGAACGGAAAGGUCACCUACAAGCUGGCGGACACCUACUUAAUGGGCUCCCCCAUCUCCACCUUCGUGUCCCUGGACCCCGCCAGUGGCUCGCUUUACGCGCUGCGGAGCUUCAACUACGAGGUGAUGAAGCAGUUGGAGCUCCGCGUCACGGCCAGCGAUGGGGGGUCCCCGCCGCUGACCAGCAGCGCCAACGUCUACGUCAGGAUCGUGGACCAGAACGACAACUCGCCGGUGGUCGUGCACCCGGCCCUUCACAACGGUUCGGCCGAAGUUCUGCUGCCACGGGACGCGCCUACUGGCUACGUCAUCACACGCGUGGAGGCGCGAGACUCGGAUGAGGGCGUGAACUCAGAGUUGUCCUUCGGCCUGGCGACCGGUGAGGCGUCCGUGUUCUCCGUGAACAAAGUCACGGGGGACGUGUACCUCAACCAGGCGCUGAGCCACGAGGUGGACGAGACGCUGAGCGUGACCGUCACCGUGAGCGACAACGGGCGGCCCGCGCUUACCUCCACGGCCACGCUCCACUUCCUCGUGAUCGCGGGCGCCCCGCCGAGCGACCGGACCGUGUACCACCAGACCAACAGCGGCGACGAGGUGCACGCGCAGUGGGACCUGUCGGUGGUGAUCAUCGUCGUGCUCGCGGGGAGCUGCACGCUCCUACUGCUCGCGAUCAUCCUUAUCGCGACCACCUGCAACCGCCGCAAGCGAGACAAGAGCGGAGAGGACAGCGACUCGUACGCGGAGAAGGGCACGCUCGAGAGGAGCCGGAACCUCGCGGACAACCCGCUGCUGCCGCUCCACGGGUCGGGCGUGGUGGGGGGCUUCGACACCCACUCGUACACCAGUCAGGCCGGCGGGUUCAACUCGACCCACCCUGGUGGGGGCGACAUGUGCUCGGCCUCUGAGGACGGUAGCGAGGUGCCCUGCGUGUACGAGUCGGACACCAAGCUUAGAGGGAAUAAACUUGAGGGAUAUUCCACUCUGCCUGGCUACGGGAAUAGCAAGGAGGCGGUGAGACCCAUCACUAUCUGGAAGGGCAACUCGUACACCACCAUAUCGGCCCGGGACCCCGUGUUCAGCGGCAAGGACAGCGGGAAGGGCGACAGCGACUUCAACGACAGCGACAGUGACGUCAGCGGUGACACCGGCCGACACAAAGAAGUCCCGAUGGUUCCACCAAUGGGCGGCCAGAACGGCCUGUGGGCGUGCACCAGCGAGUGUAAGAUCCUGGGCCACUCGGACCGCUGCUGGAGCCCGUCGGCCGUGCGGGCCCACCCCCCCAUGCCCCCCCCCUCGCCGGCCAGGUCCCCGGCCCCGCCCCCUCCCCCGCCCUGCCCCCCCGCCCUGUCCUCCUUCGCCAGCCUGCCCAAGACGGCCUCGCUGCCCCGGGACCCCCAGCGCCGGGACCACUACUACCAGGCCCACCUGCCCAAGACCCUGGGCCUGCAGAGCGUGUACGAGAAGGUGCUGCACACUGAGUACGACUACGUGCUGGUGACCCCGCCCCUCACCGGCCCCGGGGCGGCGGGGGGGGCCGUGGGGGCCGCGGCGGGGGCGCGCGUCACGCAGGAGAUCAGUGACAUCAGCAUCCCGGUGUACACGCCCACCCCGCCGCCACGCUGCCCCGCUGCUGAGGACGUCUAACACACACACACACACACUCACACACACAUGGACAAAUGCACACACACACAUGCCUAUGGACAAAUACACACACAGACACAUGCAUAUGAACGGACACGCGCACAUGCCUAUGGACAUGUGCACACAUGCAUAUGGAUACGUGCACAUGCAUAUGGGCACGCACACACAAACACACACAUACACAUGCACACACAUGAACAUGUUCAUCCCCAUUGGCACGUACACUGGAAGACACAAACACACAGACACAGACUCACACAUACGUACAUGCACACUGGCACUUAUACACAUGGAGACACACACACAAACACACACAAGCUACCAAUGACAACGUUUCACAGACACACACACAUACCACAUGCGUACACACACUAGAAACUUGCUUGCAAAGCGUGCACACACACACACAUGCACCAACCACUUAUGUGCAAUCAGUAUACACUGUGUUUUCUUUUUAAUUUAUAAAGGUUUGACAAGGAGAAUCACAUGUUUAAGAAUUGUGCACAAAUAUUGCUGUUGCUGUUGGAAAGUGUGUAUACAUACGCAUACGUUUAUAUCCUUAAUAUUUGUGUUAUUUCUAAAAAUGCUUUAUUGUGAAAGAGUCCAUCCAGUCCCUUUGACAGGAACUUGUUGGGCAGUUGGGAUUGUAUCAUAUGCAAGUUAUUUUGUACAUACAGAGAAUUUAUUUUUUAUAAAAGUAACAAUAAUUAAAUACGGGAAUAUAUGUAAAUAUGAAUUGUAAUUAUUAAACUUAAGGCAUGCUUUCUAUUUAAAAUGGCUUCGGAAACUGUUCAGUUUGAAGCUGGUGACCCGCAAUGUAUCUAACUGAUAAAAGCGUAGGCAUACGACAUUAUUUGAACGCAAUGAUAUAAAUUGUCAAGGUUUUUAUAAUCAUAAUAUUCUAAAAGAAAAUAAACUUUGAAAUAUCCUUAUGAAA